GGGUCGACGAGAGGGGCGUCUGCGAGCUGGGAGGAGACUCUUAACCGCGGCGGAAUCACUGAACGCGCGUGAAGGCGGCAGCAGAGCGCCGCAGAGGCGCCCAAGAGGCUGACAUGCCUUAUUCAGCACACCCAGCCACCGAUCAACCAUCUCAGAUCCUCGUCUACCCGCCACCUCAGCCUGCUCGCGUGCAUCCUGGCCUCCCCUCUGCUGCGCAAUCUAGGACAGGCGGCGACCAGCACUUCUGGAAUUGGUCCAAGUCGUGUUAUUUGGACACGUCUGGCGACCCGUUCUUCACGCGAUUGGCCAAGGUAGCGUCACUCGCGACCGAAACCCCUAUGCGCACAGUCGGAGCGACUCACCGGAGAGACGCAAUACCAUAUUACAAGGCUACCGCGGUCUUCUGGCAUCAGUCGUUUGGAAUACCGUUCCUCCAACGAAUUUGUAUAUGCUGGUGAGUACUCUGCGAUUUCACAUGCGAUCCUCCAGGCCAACGCCCUCCGUCACUCCCCAAUCCCCAACGCCUUGAAUGAUCGCACCACUUCCGUCUCUCUCCGUCUGCAUGGAGGAUCGCUUGCAUUUGACGGCCACCCUUCUUCAGCUUCAGUAUGGAUCGAACUCCGAUCCUUAUCGCCGCCAGUACGUACGCAUGCCCC